AUGUCGACAGAUCUUGGGUUGGACCCUUCAGAUCCCCUCAACCUUCUUCUCCACAAUUCACAAAACACAGACUCGAAUAUGGAGGAAUCGGGGGUUUCCCAGAACGACGGCGCCAGCCCCCCAGACUGGGCACAGCUGAGCUCGCUGUGGGACGGCACAGACUCUGGUGUUGGCUCCCUCAAGCCAUACCCGGAUCUCAUGGACUUUUCAGAGCUUAAUACGCUCCCAAUGGAUAUGGACUUCAACCCAGCAAUGGCGCUAGAACCGGGUAGCCUCAACUCAUUCAACCCAAGCAUCCAUUUCUCGUACGAGGAAGCCCAGGCAUUCCAGAACGUCUCAGCAGAGAUGAUUCCACCCCAGUUCUCAUUCACCUUCCAAGCCGCCCUCAACGCCAGUGACAGCAGCUUCUCCUCGUCAGCUCCGUCAUUGUCGCCCCCAGAGUCGCCAAAUAAAGAACGCAGGCUCAGUGUCGCGUCGUCAUCAUCGUCAUCCGGAGUUUCGUUGUCCCCCGUACUCGAGUCCCUCGCCAGUCCGUCGUCGUCAACCAGCUACGCGAGCAGCGAUGCGCCAUCCCCGCCCUCGGUCAAGGCCGAACCCAAGGGCUCGCCAGCUUCCAAGCCCUUGGACCCCGCUGCAGAGAUUGCAGAAGCAGUCCGCCAGAGCGCGGGCGUCAUGCUCGCCGUUCCCAUGUCGGCCGACCUCUCGAGCCAGGUCCUCGCUCAAUCAAUCGCCAUGGCUGCCCAGAAUAAACCUUCACUACCCCGAAUGCCUCGCUCCACCCCUCGCUCCCCCAUCUCCUCCAGCUCAUCGGCAGCGUCAACACCCCCACCAGCAACCCCGCCCAUGUCCCAGGCACUCCCCAACAAGCUCACCAUCGACGCCAAACCCAUCUCCACCGCCUCUUCAUCGUCUUCAUCUAGCUCACUAUCCACGCCGACCAACGCCAUGCCCCCUCUCGCCUCCGCUACCUCAACUACGGGCACCCGACCCAAGACCUCCCACACCACCAUCGAACGCCGCUACCGCACCAACCUCAACGCCCGCAUCCAGUCCCUGCGCAUGGCUGUCCCCGCCCUCCGCGUCCUCGAAGACCGCGACGGCGGUAACGGAAAGAAAAUCAAGAAGAAUCUAAAGGACGGCGUUUACCUCAAGGGCGCAGGAAUCGGUAUCGACACCGAGGACGGCACCACGGUCGAUGUCAUUGACGAACGCGGGUUCGUGGACGGCGUCAAGGUCGCACGCAAGUGCAGCAAGGCGAACGUCCUCGGUAAAGCCGUCGAGUACAUCCGCGUGCUCAAGAAGCGUGAGAUGCGGCUCAAGGCUGAGCAAAAUGGGUUGAAAGCCUUGGUGUGCGGUCUCGUUGGGGGACCUGCGCUCCUCAAGGAGUGGGAGCAGCGGUGGAGAGAGCAGUUUGGCGGUGAGGAGAAGGAUGAAGUGGAGGGAGAGGACGCGGAGGAGGAGGAUAGUGAUGACGAGGAGGGUGAUGAGGAUGAUGAAGUGGGCAGGAAGAGGAAGCGCGCCAAGACUUCCGCCCCGGCGAAGAAGCCCGCAGAGAGGAAGCCUGCGCCUCCUGCCGUCGCACCCGUCCUCCCCGCCGAGUUAGGUGUCCCAGGCGGCCCCGCGGUUCCAGAGAAGAGGAAGCGCGGACGCCCGAGGAAAGUCCAACCCCCUCCUAUCCCGGUGGCUACCCUCGCUCCCCAUAUGCCGCACCAACAAGCGGCUGCCCUGCACCAACAACAAUUCCAGCAGCAGCAACAUCAGCUUCAGCUUCAGCAACAGCAUCAACAGCAGCAGCAAGCCCAACCUGACCAAGUAAUGCUCCCUCCCAAUGUCCAACCUCAAGGCCAAGCGCCGCAAUACAUGCUCGCCGUGUUUGCCUUGUUCUCGUUCUUCAACUCGCCCAUCACCUCUCAAUACACUUCGCAAGGGAGCAGUCAGCAUAGUGGUAUGGUGUUGACACCUCCACUUGCGCUUGCUCCGGAGAUCGUGUCGCAGCUCGUACCGCCCGCUCCUGCAGAAAGCUCGUCGAGGUUCUUGCAGAUGGGGUGGGCGUGGAAGGAUUACUUCCAGGUUCUCCACCUUGCUGUGUCGGUUUUGGUACUGGGAACGUUUUUGUGGAGUUGGUUGGGUUUGACGUUGAGGAAGAAGCGGGAGGAGAGUAAGAAGCCUGAGGCGGUUAAUUGGACCCAAGUCUGUAACGAAGCUGUUCUCAAGGGAGAAACUGGUUCACUCUCAACGAUCUCCCUAGCAGGGAUGUACCACGCUCUCUCGUCCAAGACAGCUACGAUCUCCCAACUUACCUCCCUCUCCCUCGCCAUCCAUACCUCCGGUGGCCCUCUCUCCCUCCUCUCGCGCUUCAAAGCCCACUCCCUCUGGAACACCGCUAAAACGCAGUCCACGCUCCUCCAUACCAAGCGUUCACUCACCCCUCCUGCCAAGACCGUCGAGAAACUCGUGUUCGAGUCGUUCACGCUCGAAGAGGCUGUCAAGACUCUCGAAGACGCUUCGGAGCGGGAUAAAACGAACGGCGAAACCCCUCUCGAGCCUAUUGGCGUUUUGGGCGCUGUCCUCGUGAAGCAGAGGGUGAAGCAGCAUUUGGGUGUGCUGUUCGUCGAGGCUGUUAGUUUGUUGCAAGACGAGGUUGUGGUUGUUGCCGAGAAGGAGGAUGGGAGGGAUCAAGAAGAGGAGGGCAAGAAGUUUGAAGUUGAGGUUCGGAGGACGGUUGAAGCUGCGAAGGAGCUUGGAGGGUGGAUUGAGCAGCUCGGGCGGACGCUUGAGAGGGUGUGGAAGUCGAGUUCCCUAGUCGACGUGGAGGAUCUGCCUUUCUCCUCUCCCUCUCCCUCGUCCUCUCCAACGGAAGACGAAUCGAGUGAGAAUGGAAUUGAAGGAGAGAUCCAGUCGCUUCUUACUGCCCUUGUGCUGUACCGCAAGUUGUUUAGUGGGACGACGACGCCGACUGUUUCGUCGCUUUUGAUUAGUCCGCCGCCUAGUCCUACUGGGCGAGUUGCCAAGGAUGGAAGUGUGGGAGGAGGAGGAGGGGCGCUGCUUUCGUUGAGGAAGGCGUUGGGUAGUCGGGUGUUUGAGGAUGGGGAUAAGGAGGGUUCGAUGGAGGAUGCGAGGGAUAAGGUUGUUGAUUUGAUCGUGGAUACUGAGAGGAGGGGGAGGAGUGUUACGCCUUUGGCGUAG